AUCAUGUUUUAGUGGAUGUUUGUGAACGUACAGCUGCAAACAAACGUCUUCGUGUCGUGCUCAGCGUUUCCUUUUGUUUUUUUUUUAGUGUACAUGAGGUGCACAGGAGGAGAAGUGGGAGCCACAUCAGCCCUGGCCCCCAAAAUCGGUCCCCUCGGUCUGUCUCCCAAAAAAGUCGGUGACGACAUCGCCAAGGCGACCGGUGACUGGAAGGGCCUGAGGAUCACCGUGAAGCUGACCAUCCAGAACAGACAGGCGACGGUGGAGGUGGUUCCCUCUGCGUCCGCUCUGAUCAUUAAGGCUCUGAAGGAGCCUCCUCGUGACAGGAAGAAGGUCAAGAACAUCAAGCACAGCGGCAGCGUGCCCUUCGACGAGAUCGUGAACAUCGCUCGCGUCAUGCGGCCUCGCUCCAUCGCCAGAGAGCUCUCAGGAACCAUCAAAGAGAUCCUCGGCACCGCUCAGUCCGUCGGCUGCACCAUCGACGGUCGCCCUCCCCAUGACGUCAUCGAUGACAUCAACAGCGGCAAACUCGAGUGUCCGUCUGAGUAAACGAGCGGCGCGAAUAAAACGUUCACAAAAAACAGAA